CGCUGCGGCUCAUUCGUACCAUGCGCAGGCGCUCGGGUGGCCGCGCACACGCUUCCGACUUUAUCUUCUUUUAUCUACCCCCAAUUUAUAAAACAAAUCUCGUAAAUAAACGCGCGAACCAAAAUUGUACUUUUGAAAAUAAUCUUGAGAAAAAAGAUUUUAACGUGAAAUACACGCCGUAAUCGAGUGACAGUUAGUUAUCUUUGGUGUCUUCAUUAAUUUUAAUAAAUGUAUCAAUAAGUAAAUAUACUACAUCGUUAUUAUACAACAUAUAAGUGGAGCGUUUAGACGUUAAGCCAGCUGUCAACAGUGUAGAUGGAACAAUUGUGUGCACCUAAGACAGAUAUGAGUUCUUCUGAAUUUGAAGUUUCAUUGGAGCAGAUACCUGCGCUGAUUAAAAAGACGCAGAUGAACGGUGAUCACGCGGGGUCGCAGUGCGGACUGACGUCGCUACUGCCGAUGUCGUGCCGUGGGCGCGCCGCAGCGUUCGCGCGCGAUUUGCACUCGCGCUUGCGCAACCUAGGCGCCGCGCAUGACGACGACUGCGAGAGCAGUUGGCUAGCACGCGAUAACGGUGCCGCCAACCUCAGGCCGACUACCUCAACCUCCCGCGAACAUGACACAUUCUACGACUUCGAACUAGAAUGCGAAAGCCCAUCCAGUCCAGUCGACGAGUUUGAUCCCAUAUUCCCAGACAGCUCCCCAACCGACGACUCGGAACCGCCUUUCUACGAUGUCGAAUCUGAUCCAGAAAUUAAGGAACAUGCAAAACAAAUGCUUCAGUCAGAACACAAAAAAAACGGUUUCAAGUUCUCAACAACGUUUUACACGGACGGCUCGCCAGUAAAACUACAGCCGGCACCACGGGAAAAUGGGCAAAUAGACAAACGACUAUAUUCACCCAUUACAUUCGAAGGCUGUGCGAGACAUAACAGCAUCGAUGAACUAGACUGUGUCCCACGACCCUCGCCGGUAAAUAUUACCGAUCGCCUCAACCUGUCUCUAAACCUGAAUUCCAACAUAGACAGCGAUUCUGAAUUUGAGUCGGCUAAAAGUGAACCAUCGGACUGCGUAGAUGAGAGGCCGGAAAAAACAUUGGAUAACGAUAUAACAGAGACAGUGGAAAAUUUGUCAUUAUCCGAAGUUGAAAUACCUGUAGAAGAGGAAACUUUAGUAAUAGUAGAAACGAACAGCACAGACGUAACAGAUCAUAUCGAAGAAGAUAAAGCGACUCUCGAAAUAAUAACCAGUGAAGUUCCAGGAGAUAAAGAAGUAUCACCCGGUCCUGAAAUUGAACCUUCACUGUUGUGCGUGGAAACGAAAAAGGUUGACCUAGAUGACGGCGAAGAUGAUAGGCCUCAGCGAGUACGUCGUUGCUCGUCGCUCAAAACUGGAAAAACGCCACCUGGCACACCUGGUCGUAAGAAAAUUGUGCGCUUUGCCGAUGUGUUAGGUCUCGAUUUGGCAGAUGUUAAAACGUUUAUGGAUGAAAUUCCAGUAAUACCUAAAUCGGCAUACGACGAUCUCACUGGAUGCGACGUUGCGUCUUCGCCGCCGGUACGCCCGACUCCGCGACUCGGUUCACUGACAUUAGUGCCGCUAUUCCAACUACCGCGAGACGUCACCGAAAAGUUAGAGCGAUUGAAUGUGUGCCUUGAAAGCGCUCGAGUCUGUGAUGGCGUUCAUGUUACUGUAUGUGGUUCUGUACGAGUGCGAAACCUAGAUUUUCACAAAACAGUUCACAUUCGUUACACGAUGAAUCGAUGGAAAACUUACACGGACUUACAGGCUACGUAUGUGCCUGGUUCUUGUGAUGGGUACUCGGAUCGCUUCCAAUUCGUCCUCUAUGCCCCAUGCAUAUCGUCUGGGCAAAGGUUAGAGCUAGCAGUACGGUUCCAAUGCAAAGGUCAGCAGUUUUGGGACAAUAACAACGGCGCUAAUUACUGUUUCGACUGCUUGGCUCUAGGCGCUAAUGGUGCCGCGCAGAUGUCACCUGGUCCGUUACACCCGACGAUGGACUGGCAUCCGUCGUUCUACUGACGGAACCUGCGUAGAUGUACACGCAGAGUGAGGUGAUGCGUCGGAGACCGGCGCUCGAGCGAAUGAGGAGGAGACCCGGCAGGUCCGGGUAGAGAAGGGCG